AUGACUCGGAACAAUCUGAGUGCUCAUCUGUCGUGGCUCUUGAGAGAGACGACGCGCUUGAGGCCAUCGGGACCACCUUUACCCGAUGCCCAAGACCCUUUCGACAACACCCCUCCACCUCCUGCUGCCGAUGUGACCCGCACUUCACGCACUUCACGACCUAACCAUUCUUCAUUUCCUAGUGCUCCGGCUGCCGGUGCCUUUCCAUCACAGACUGGCACUGCCCCCCAGGACCCUCUUCAUGGCACUGCCUCUACUCGAGGAUCACAUCUCGCUGCCACCCCUUCCACCAAUGAGGUAGACGUCGACGACGCGAGCGGAAUGGCAAAGCUGUCCGCCUACAACAGCCGCCGGCCAACAUUGGCGACAAAGCAGCAACAGCAACUCCCCACUCCGGUCUCUACUACUAGAAGUACACAGAUCGGAGCUUUGCAGCGCGCCUAUUCCGCCAAUGCUGCUGUCCGGCCCCAGGCAAGCUCUUCCUCGCCGCCGCCGCCCGUUAAGACAAGCGCCCGCGUGAAGGUCGAGUUUGACGACCUCUCCGACCCCAUUGAUCUCACCGAAGAAGAUCGCAACGAUGGGUCCAGCUCUGUGGUGGGCUUUGGCGACGACAAGAGGUUGUGGCGAGAGGACUAUGGCGAGCGCCCUGAGCCUGUCUCCAGCCGUGGCCAAGCGAACCCCUAUCAGCAGACCAAAGUUAUCAAGACUUUGGACGAAUUUGACGAAGAGUAUCCAGACAUCAAUGAGAUCGUCCCGCCCUCCUCAGCCGUCCGCUCAGCUCUCAAACGCAGCGCCACGGCGCCUUCAGAUGUGAAGACGCAUAUCUCUACCCCUUGCCCGCCCGGAACAAGCCGUGCGUUUAAGGAACCCACGGUCCAGGGCCGUGAAGCCGCUCAUGGUAGUUCUGCUGUACCCACUCAAACCGUCCCAACUGUCGCAGCAUCCGCUCGCAAGCGAAAGUCGCCCGCGACUGCCGAAUUCAACAGCGACGACUUUUUGGACGAGGAGGUGGACGCUUCAUGUACCCCAGCCAACAACUCGUCAAACAAACGGGCGAAGCGUGCCGAUGUUGUCUACGACUCGGAGGAUGAAUUCACCACGCCGGCCUCCCACGGAUCGCCCGACGCUCAGUCGCCCCCAGGAGUUCAAGAUAUGGAUGUGGACAUGGAGUUUUCCAUUCAGGAGACUCCCUCGAAAGCGCCGGCGCCGAUGCCUAUGGAACUCGAUAAUGUCGUCAGCAACGGGAGCAGAGCGACUGUCGGUAACACGCAGGGAUCCCAAGCCUCGGUGCCUCAGCCUGUCAGCUCGGGGCAAAACCCAGCCUCGGAGGCUUCUCUCGGCUCUGAGAUUGAGCGUAACAAGCAUACCCUGGGCUUGUUUCUUUCUCGGCCCUCGGUUUUGGAUGAGAUGCUGCAACUUGUGGACUCCCAGCUCCAGGAGAACGCAGAAGCUUUUAGGAGAUUUUUGACUCAGAGGGGGUUGAAAGAAGAGCGUAAUCAAGAGCGCGAGCGCAUCAAGAAUGCGAAAAAGCCUUUGGAGGAUAAGAAGAAAGCACUGCUUUCUCUCCAGGAGUCACAUGCCUCGUACAAAACGCUGAACAGUGAUCAGGAAGCCCUGGUAAACAAGAUUGCGAAGGCGUAUCGCGAUGGCAUUGACACAGAGGAGGAUGAGGAACAGCUGCUGAAACUCGAUGAAAAAAUCGAGACCGCAGAGAAAACACUCAUCGCCCACCUCAUCAAGGCUGGCGUCGAUGAUCUCGAUUUUCUUAAGAACCAAAACGACUCCAUUGCGCCUGCCGACUCUUCCCCGAGGGCACAGGCCCAUGCGGCCGAUGCCAGGACUUCUCCGAGUGAGGGACGCAUCAUUCCUGAAUGCCCUUCUUUAAUUACAGGUCCUAGUCAGCCCCCCGCCACGUCGCAAUACUCUGGUAGCCAAUCUCAGCGAGGCCCAUCCCAGUUUGCUGCACCGGCUCAGUUUGCUGCUCCUCAAUUUCGACCGCCAGUUCCGCACUUCCCACCAAACCAACAACAUACUCAGUUCUCGGGAUCUCGGGUCCAGCCACCCUACCAUCAAGCUGUGCCAAGCAGCUCGAAUCACUUCGAUGUUGACGAGGACGAACUUGCUGCUAUGGAGGCAGCCUCGCAAUUUGCACCACCACGGGCGCACAACAGGACCCAAACACAGGCGGCCGAGAUAGACGAGUAUGGACAAGACGAUGUCCCGGACGAUUUGUUGCUUAGCGUAUAUGAGCAAUUUUCAGGAGGCCCGUCAGCACCCUCAGCGACUGCCGCUGUGCGAACAGCUGCCCGCUCUACGUUGUCUGAGGCCACUAGCAAUAGUGCUCCCGCACCACCCAGGCGAGCUCUUGCAAAGCUUGCACCACCUGUGGUACGGAAGACUGCCAUUCCGCCUGAGCUCCUGCAGUUUCCCUGGUCUGCAGAUGUCCUUCGAGCUCUGAAAGACCGCUUUCGGCUCGUCAACUUCCGCCAUAACCAGCUCCCAGCCAUCAAUUGCACUCUUGCCGGAGAGGAUGCCUUUGUCAUGAUGCCGACAGGAGGGGGAAAAUCGUUGUGUUAUCAACUUCCCGCGGUUGUUCAAAGUGGAAAAACAAAAGGUGUUACCAUUGUGGUGUCACCUCUCCUCAGUUUGAUGAGUGACCAAGUUGAGCACAUGGAAAGGAUCAAUAUCCUGGCUGUGGCGUUCAAUGGAAACCUGGCGGCAGCUCACAAACGACAUAUACUGGGGAAACUCAACCACGAGACGCCGGAAAAUUUCUACCAGCUGCUCUACGUUACCCCGGAGAUGCUCGCCAACGAGAAUACCCAGAUCCGGCGCGCACUUAAGAUGCUGCACCAGAGAGGCAAGUUUGCUCGUUUGGUCAUUGAUGAAGCCCAUUGUGUCAGUCAGUGGGGUCACGAUUUUCGUCCCGACUACAAAGCUUUGGGCGAGUUCCGAAAGCAGUUCCCAGGUGUCCCGGUGAUGGCCUUAACCGCCUCGGCGACCGAGAGUGUUCGGAAAGAUGUUCAGCAUCAGCUUGGAAUGACAGGCUGUAAACUCUUCACGCAGAGCUUCAACCGGCCCAAUCUCUAUUAUGAGGUCUUUCCCAAACCCCCAACCUAUGUCGACCCGCUCGGCAGUUUGAUCGCCACCAGAUACAAGAAUCAAACCGGCAUCAUCUACACGACGUCCCGCGCUUCUUGUGAGGGCAUUGCUGGGAAGCUUGUGGAGAAGUAUGGCAUCAAGGCAGCGCCGUACCAUGCCGGAUUGGACGACAGGCCGGAGAUUCAGCGGAAGUGGCAGGAUGAUGAAAUUCACGUCAUUGUUGCCACGAUAGCCUUUGGCAUGGGAAUUGACAAGCCAGAUGUGCGUUUUGUCAUCCACGUCUCUCUUCCAAAAACCAUGGAAGGGUACUAUCAAGAGACCGGGCGUGCUGGGCGUGAUGGGAAGCCUGCCGACUGCAUCCUUUACUUUUCCUACGGCGACGUGACCAGUCUGAGGCGCAUGGUGCAAAAAGAUGAGCUUGAUAAGGACGGCAAGCACGUGCGGUCACAGGCUGAGAAGGACAAGCAGCUGGAGCUGCUGGAUAGGAUGACGUUUUAUUGUCUGAACACGACUUCUUGUCGUCGGACGCAGCUGCUGGGGUAUUUUGGGGAAGACUUCAAUGCUGCCAACUGCAACAAGCAGUGUGACUUUUGCCUUCUCGGCGAGAAAGUCACUCUUAAGCAGGUGGACCGCACUGACUGGGCCAAGGCUAUCAUUGACUUGAUUCCCGGCAUGGGUGCCAAAGGCGGCUCUAUCGGUAAACUCGCUUCCGCUAUGGCCGGGCGAGAUAAGAAGAACUACCAACACCUGCCAGGCUUUGGCGUAGCACCCGGCAUCAAAAACACAGCCAUCUAUCCUGUCAUUAUCGAGAUGGAGAGGGUGAAGAUAAUUCAUAGCACAGCGGAGACGAGCGCAAACGGCGGUCUUAAUCUUUACUACCACUGCCUGGUCAAAUCCGAAGCAAUGGUUCGAGUACCGCCCUCUACCAAUGUGUCGUCGCCUGUUUCUGCACCAGCGAGAAAGCGGCUGGCGCCUCGGCGGGGUCGACAGUUAAUUGAUGAUGAGGCCGAAGGAGAUUUUGGAGACGAACUCGGUUCCGGUGAUGAAGACGAAGAUAUCCAAGACCACAGGCCGCGACAUGCCAAUGGCUAUGCCAAGGACAAUUUCGUGGUAUCGGACUACGAGGAGGAAGUGGACUUUGACGCCGCCGCCCCAUCUCGUCAUCAUCGCACCGCUACACGGCACCAGCAGACCCUGGAUGAGCUUAGGCCAUUUGAUUUCUCUCAACUGGACCAGGUCCAUCAAGGUAUCACGGAUCAUUUCCUUUUUGAAGCGAAGCAGCUUGAGAUUCAGAUUAGGGCCGAGACAAACCAUAUUCGCCCCUUUUUCACUGAUCAACAGUAUCGCGAAAUGAUCGCUCGUUGGACAACGACUCCGGCCAAGAUGUACACCAUCCGCGGCGUCACUCCUGACAAAGUAGACCAGUGGGGUUCUCGCUUUGUGCCCCUGAUUCAACAGCUGCACCAACAGUACCAGGAGAUGAUGAGCAACCAGGAUCCCAGCAGAAAUCAGUAUUCUGGCGCUGCCACAAUCGCCCCCAAUGCUCAUAUAAGGAAGAAGGGGAAUCGAGACGUCAUUGUGAUCAGUGAUGGAGAGGAGGAAUUUGGUGACUUUGACGACGAGGAAGAUAUGGCGAGUGGAUCACAGUAUGGCGCUGGCGCUCCCUAUGUGAACCCCGAGGUGGCAGCCUUUCAUCGAGAGCUUAAAGCAAUGCAGAGGGAAGCUGAUGCUGAGAGGCUUGCCAAAGCCGCCUCCAACUCUCAGCAUCAAGGUUCUGGCUAUGGCAGCAGAAGCGGUGGCGGGUCCUACUACAAGAAGAAAGGUGGACGGGGCAGCAACGGAUACAGCCGCAAUUCAGGAGGUGUAAGCAAGCGUGGAGGUUCUUCAGCCAAAUCGGCAGGUGGCAGCAGCAGAAGCAAGGGCUCGUCUUACCCUCGGGGUGGAGGCGGAGGUGGAAUUUCGGCCAUGCCUCGUUAA